AUGAAUAUUCCAAGAGAAAACAAUGAUUCGAUUAAUUCGCCUUUACAUCAACUAGAGAUACAAAUGAGAAAUGCCAGAAGGUCAGAUAGGACUCCAAAUAAUACUCGUUAUAGCACAAAUGCAAAUCCCAAUAAUAUAGACAGAGAAAGUAUUUACUCGUUCGAUUCGGUAAGUACUAACGGAAGACUACUCGAUCGCUUAGGGUUAGACAACGACGACUUCUAUGAAGAGGACGACAUAAAUUUCGGGUUGAACCAUCGGGACAGUGUUAUAUCCAUGCAAUCUACUGGGAGAUUAUUAGAUAGACUUGGAAUUGACGAUGAUGACCUUGCAUUGGCCGGAGUAAGUGGAUCUACAGAUGAGCCUAAACCACGUACGUCUACUACAAACCAAGACAGACAUAAGCCAAUAUUUGCAAAUUCGGCGACGACAUCAGAAAGAGUACCAUUAAGUAUGAAGAGCUCUGCCAAUCAAAGACCACAAGCAGCUAACAGCAUGUACAGAAAUUCCAGUGAGAGGAGUGAAAAUAGACCUAAACUUAAAACGAGUCCAGUAAAGGUUGCUUUGCCGAAUCAAAACUUUUCGGUGGACUCCUUUCACGCUGACUUAAGUUCAAUUAACAGUUCCCCUUCGAGUAAUAGUGAUUACCAAAACUUUCAAUCAUCCAGUAAGUCUUUCCCCAAUGAUAUUCCUCUUUUUACCAGAAAUUCUCCAGUGGUAAGGAAUGGUAGCCAGUCUAUUGAACUGUCCGUAAAAGAUCCAUCAACGCUAGAGCCUGGAUUUUUUCCUAAGUCGAAAUCUGUCUCGUAUAAGCAUAACCCGAUACCGAAAGGAUUAUCUUUCAGAGAUAGGCCAGAUGUGACAAGUGAUGCAGAUGAUGAGUGCAACUUUAGUAGUUCUGAUUCAGUAGAUAAGAUUUCCAUAUUCAAAUCUGGUACUGAUAGGACUCCAUCAGGUCCGAAAACACCAUCGUCAUCUAUAAAUAGGUCAGUAUCUACAAGUGCAACCAUGAGUAAGUCACAGAUGAAUACAAUGUCUCCUAAUAGAGUUACAUCCGGCUCAAGCACACCCCCAACACCUUUACUCGCUGGUGAAGUAUCACCAGAUUCUCGUACGCAAACAGCAAUCAAACUAAGAAAAAUGGGUAAAGACAGGGAAGCAUCAUAUCAACUAAGAAUUGCAGCGAGUAUGCCAAAUAAUUUUCCAAAAGCCAUGUAUUUAUAUGGAAUGGCUUUAAAAUUUGGGCAAGGUGUAAAGCAAAAUAAUAGACAUUCGCUAAAAUGGUUUUGUAGAUGUAUCCUUACUGGUAUCCAAAUAACAAAUCCACAAAUUGCGUUAAGAUUAAAUGAGUUGGAACCCGAAGACAUGAUAUCUCUUAUCAAUAAAGAAUUAAAAAGUGAUAAACCAAUCGAUCCGAACGAAUUAUAUGGUUAUUACUCAAGGCUACAACCAUCACAAUUAACCAAGAUUGUUAACAUUUCAAAGUCACAGCUGGACAUAGUAAGUGCAUCAUAUCAUGAAGUAGGGAAUGCGCUAGUUAGUGGUUCGGGUCUUUCCACUAAGGAUGAAGUGAUCGGUAUUGCAUAUCUAUGUAAAGCUGGCUCUAUGGGUUUUAUAAAUUCGAUGGUUCAGUUAGGAGAUAUCUGGUGUUCUAAGUCUAAAUCACACAAGAAAGAUUAUUACAAGGCAGCCUCCUGGUUAAGAUUAAGUGAAAUCUUUGGGGUUACGUCUAUCGGGAAUAGCUGGAUAUAUAAGGAAAAGUAUAUGCCAUCGAAAAAUAAAAAAUAA